UUAGUGGCAUUCUGAAAAUGGCGACGCUUAUGGAAACGUUUGAGCAGCAGUAUGCAGCGUUAACAGCUGAUAUUACGUCAAAAUCAAGCCGAAUACCAAAUCUGCCUCCAGAUGAGAAAACUGCCAUGGUCACCGAAGUCGAGAGACAUCUGGAAGAAGCUAAUGAGCUUCUUGAGCAGAUGGAGCUUGAAGUUCGUACGUUGUCUGUCGCCGCCCGACCAAAGUACCAAAACAGGGUCAAGAGUUAUCAGGCGGAGCUGUCACGAUUACGGAAAGAAUUUCAGAGAGCGAGGAUAGCCUUUUGCGACGAGCUGAAAUCUCGAGAGGAGCUUUUGUCAAAUGACGACAACUACGUUGGUGACGAUCAGAAACAGCGUCUUCUCGAUAACACGGAAAGGAUGGAGAGGUCAACGAAGCUCCUGAAAGGUGGCUACAAGCUGGCACUCGAAACAGAGAAAGUCGGAGCUGCUAUAUUGACAGAUCUGAGUUCGCAGCGAGAGACGAUAACCAGAGCACGGGAAAAGGUUAAGGAGACAGACUAUGACAUCGGGAAGAGUUCCCAUGUGCUAAGUGGGAUGAUGCGUCGAGCUAUGCAGAACAGGGCCAUCCUCUAUCUGGUUGCGGCACUAGUACUAGUCACCAUAGCUUUCGGCAUUUAUUAUGUUGUUAGGAGACACGUGUGACUGUCCGCCAGUUUAUCUGGUGUCCUCUCCAUGGUGCCAGUGUGCAUGUUUACCAGACAAGGUCCAAGUGUGAGCUAAUCGUGAGCUUGUACCAUGUGUAAUAUGGCAUUGCUAUUCAAGAUUGCCUACCUCUUCUGCUGCUUUAGAAAGAGAAGCCUUUUAUUUUUCAUUCAGAGAGGCUGGAAAGGAGUUUUUUAAUCACUGCAGGUCAGUCUUAGCAGUGUAUUGUAUUGGGGACAAAUCAUCAUGUACGGGCAUAACAUCUUGUUUAAUGUGCCUGCUGUGCAGGCAUUUUAUUUUUCUCAAGCUGUGACUUGAAUGUUGCUGGCUUUGUUAUGGAGGAAAUUGAAAGCUGGCUAAGUGUCUUGACAGCACAUGUAUUUUAUUUUUAGCCUGUAAAGUGUUGUGCAGUGCUUUGAUUACUUGUACAUACAUUGUAAUUUAUUAAAAGCUCAAACUGUGUUCACUUUGACUAAUGAGUCUAAACAGAGUUGUUCAAUGGAGCCAUAUACUCUCCAUUUAGCAACGUUGAUCACUUGUGGUAGGUUCUGCUAGUCAAUUAUGGGCAGCUUUUAUUAUUAUUAUUUUUUAAAAUCUUGCGAGAGCACAGCGCCUUGAUUAUCGCAAAACUGUAUAGUAUGUCAUUGUUGGAUAUGGGUUCUCGUGCCCCACGAGCGGGACAUGCCAUCUUGCAUUGUGUCAUCUGAACUGGUGCACUCUCAAUCAGUAACUAAAAGCUGUGCCAAAAUUGAGUAGUGAGUUUCUCCACUAAUCUGUGAACAUUUUUAGUAGUGUGAAGCAGCUUCAAUCCCUUUAUGGUAACUUGAGGUAGACCUUCUUUUUUUGCCUGUGUUUCAAGUAAUGGCCUGACUUUAUGGUGGCCUGCUACCACAGAUUGUGUCUAAAGUGUUAAUGCUCUGUCUUUGUUCUGACCAAGAAACACCAUCUUCCUCACUUGAAACGUACCUAAAGUAUUGUGUAUUGGCUGGAUACUGUGUUUCCAUGCGAUGCACAUUGAGUCUAAGUGUAAUGAGCAUUUCAGUAUGCAGUCAUAUGUGGCCAUUUCUUUUAUGUACAGCAUUGUUGCAAAGUGUAACCUUUCUGCAUUUUGUUAUAGAAGAAGCACAAUAUUCUUUUUGUUAGUGGCUUACAUUGACCCUGCAGACAGUAAUAAAGUGAUGUUAUCCUUCAGUAA